AUGGUCAAAAUUGCAAUUGCUGGUGGCUCUGGCGGUGUUGGCCGAGAGGUCAUCGACGCACUCAUUGCUGCGAAUAAGCAUGAGAUCAUUGUCCUUACCAGAAAGCCCCUGCAGGAUGCCCCAGCCAAUGAUCUUAUUCAAGGCAUCACUUGGGUAAAGGCCGACUACAACGACAUUAUCCAAUUAACCAAAGUUCUGCAAGGAGUGCACACUGUUCUCUCCUUCGUCACUGCGCAGGAUGAUCCCACAAGCACCGUUCAGAAGAACCUCAUCGAUGCCGCUGUGCAGGCCGGAGUGAAGCGCUUCGCGCCGAGUGAAUGGGCCUCGUCCGGCUUAGAUUACCUGGACUGGUACGCUUACAAAGGCGAGACGCGCCGAUAUCUCCACGAUCUGAACAAGGAAAGAAAGCUCACAGUAAAUAACCAGGUCCUCGAGUAUACUCUCUUCCAACCCGGCGUGUUCGCCAACUAUCUGACCCAUCCACAUCAAUCGGCCCGCCACCUGCCCACGAUCGGAACUCCCUUUGAUUUUGCCAACCGCCGAAUGAUCUUGGUGGAUGGGGACGAUAAGGCCCGUCUCACCUGGACGGCUGUUCAGGACCUUGCUGGAGUUGUAGCUAGAGCUGUCGACUACGAGGGCGAGUGGCCGGUGGUUGGGGGUAUCCAGGGUGCUAAUAUCUCCGUUGGCCAACUCAUAGCUUUGGGAGAGAAGGUUCGCGGUGGGCUGCCCUUCACAAUCGAACGGGUGAAGGCGCAGGACCUUGAAGCCGGAACGUGGGAAACCUCAUGGACACCAACAGUGGAUCACGCUUCCAUUCCGCCCGAGCAGGCGGCAGUGGCUUCAAAGUAUAUGACCAGUCGAAUUAUUUUGGCGGCUGAUGCUGGCUCCUAUCUAGUCUCCGAUGAAUGGAACCGUCUACUGCCUGACUUCAAAUUUACAGCCAUCGAGGAGUUCUUGGCUGAGGCGUGGAAGGGAAAGGCUUGA